CGCCCCCAGCAACGGGGCGGGCAUGGAUGGCGGCGGGGCUGGCAGCGACCCCCGCUCGGCUCCCGCCGUGCGCUUCCCGGUGGCGGCGGUGGAUGAGAUCCUGAAGGAUGUGCUGGGGAGCUACCUGAAGGAGCAGCCCUAUGAACCGGCCCGGUGCAGAGACCUGGCGGAGGACAUCGCGGAGGUUAUUAAAGCUCGGGUAAAAGACCUUAUGAUCCCCAGGUACAAGAUUGUUGUGGUGACAACGAUUGGGCAGCUGAACGAGCAGAGCAUGCAGAUUGGAAGCAGGUGCCUGUGGGAUCCUGCAAGCGAUACCUUCUCGUCGUACGUGUUCAAGAACCCUUCGCUCUUUGCUGUUGCAAAGGUCUAUGCUGUCUAUUUUGAAUAAGGAGGUAGUGAGAGAAUCGUAGAAUUGUUUCAGCUGCAAGAGACCUCUAAGAUCAUUGAGUCCAACCAUCAACCCAACACCUCCAUGGCUGCUAAACCA